AUGUCUUCUUCUCACGUAGGCCAUCGUGUCUACGCAAACAUGUCUUCUCCUGCUGAGGGAGCUAUUGACUCGAUUCAGGGUACUCCCAACACCCAGAUCACAGUCUUCUCUCCUUCCGAGAGCUCUCAGGGAACCUCCAUCCACGGCAGCAACUAUCUUGGCCAAAGCCAGGCUCCUGACGACCCCUUCGUUGAUGGUGGCCUUGCUCAAGGUAGCACGCUCUCGGCUACUGCAUCCUCCUUUCAACCCAGUGUUCAUCGGUACAAGGGGAAGAACGCACUUGUAUUUUACCCAGAGGGCAGCCCAACUGUUGCUGGCGCGCUUAGCCAGGACAUGGACAUUUCUCAUCGCAUUGAAGUCUGUGAUACACCGACACCUUCGAUUGUCGAUCUUGGGAAUUUCAUCACCGAGCUCACCCAAAAGGGUGUGAAAUUCCACGGCGGUCGGAACCUUGAAACCUCUGGAGACCACGUGUACGUGGUCUUCGAAGAUCUUCGAGAUGCCGCCUGGGCCUUCUAUGCCAUCCGCAAGGCUCCUAAGGGCUGGUUCACGGCGUACGUGAAGAUCCGACCUGAGCGCCUGGACCUUGGCCUUGUACGAUUCUCCGAGCUUAGACAGCUCAGCAUCGAGGUCAACGUCCUCAACUUCGCUAUCAUCGAUCCCGCCCAUGUCGAUGAGAUUGCUCAGAGAGCCCUUAAUGUCUACGGUCAGCUUUUUGCGCUGAUUAGACAUUUGAGCUUCCCCAACGGAGCCUUCCGCGGUAUCGCGCAGUUCUGCAAGGCUGCCGACGCUUUCAUCGCCUACAAGGCUUUUGGGAAUGGCAUUACCACCGGCGGCGUGGUCAUCACCCUGUCCAAGCCAGAGGACGUUGGCGGUGCAAUUUCUCCCGAGGAUCAACUCGCCGGCAGCAUGGGUAACAUGACAAUUCAGCAAGGUCCCCGCGGUGCUGAAAGAGGUCGCUACCAGUCAUUCUUCGCAAUGAACGCCCCGCAGGGGAACCCCUUUGCGGCAGCUGGCGCUGCCAACAUGCCCUUUCCUCCUAACCUUCAGCAGCAGCCCUUUACUGGGCAGCACUUCGGGCCUGUUGCUUCCAGCAACCUCUCUGCCGUUGCAUUUGGCAAUCCCAACGGGUUCGGACGAUUUGACCCCCGCCGAGGUGCGGGUCGCUAUGGUCGGGGAUCCCGAGGGUUGAACAACAUCGUCGACCUCGGCGAGCUCAUCGCCGGGCGUGAUGUGCGCACGACGAUCAUGCUUCGGAAUAUUCCGAACAAGGUGGACCAGCCUCUCCUAAAGAAGAUUGUCGAUGUUUCCUCCUUCGGUCGCUAUGACUUUAUGUACUUGCGAAUUGACUUUGCCAACGAUUGCAACGUCGGCUAUGCGUUCAUCAACUUCGUCAAAGCCGAGUACAUCAUCGACGCACGAGCCAACAAGCGCUGGAACUGCUUCCGCUCGGACAAGGUCGCUGAGAUCUCCUAUGCGACUAUCCAGGGAAAGGACUGCCUUGUGCAGAAAUUCCGGAACUCCUCUGUCAUGCUUGAGGCGGAGCACUAUCGACCAAAGCUCUUCUACACUAUCCACAGCGAAGACCCUAACCUCGUGGGUCAGGAGGAGCCUUUCCCUGGCCCUGAUAACCAGUCUAAAAUGAAGCGCUCAGUGGAGAACGCUGAGCAUGUUGGGCUGUUCACUCCUACUGCCGGCCAGUACUUCCGGGACGAGCAACGCCGCCGUCACUCCCAGUACGACCGUGGCACUCGUCUGGCCGAGCUGGAGGAGAUCUCCUAUGGGUCUGGUGUCAUUCCGUACCACGGUCGCGGCCGUUACUAA